ACGUAGACGAAAGCAAACCGCUAUCUCUAUAUAAUGUGGUGUAUCGGAUCCAAUAACACUUAAAACAAAAGAGCGUUUGAUUAGCUUUCGUACUAAGAUGGAAGGCGUAGAACACAGAACGGUGGAAGUGAAUGGCAUAAAAAUGCAUGUAGCAGAGAAAGGAGAGGGUCCUGUGGUGUUAUUCCUCCAUGGCUUCCCCGAACUCUGGUACUCAUGGCGCCACCAGAUUCUAUCUCUCAGCACCCAAGGAUACCACGCUGUAGCACCAGAAAUACGUGGCUACGGUGAAACAGAGGCACCGGAUUCAAUCAGCAGCUACACAAGCUUUAAAAUAGUGGGUGAUCUGAUUGCGCUUAUAGACCUUCUGGGUGUCGACCAAGUCUUCCUUGUGGCUCAUGACUGGGGUGCCAUCAUAGGUUGGUAUCUCUGCAUGUUUCGCCCCGACAGAGUCAAGGCCUAUGUCUGCCUCAGUGUUCCUCUUCUUCACAGAGACCCCAACAUCAGAACCGUCGAUGCCAUGCGUGCCAUGUACGGAGACGACUACUACGUCUGCAGAUUUCAGGUAUAUACUCAUUCUUGUUUUUCCCAACACUGUUUUUCAUUUUACUUUUAUGCUCUUUUUCUUUUAUGUGAAGUGAAAGGAGAAUUCAGUGGAGUAAUGUUAGAUCUGACGGUAAUUAUUGUAUUGAAAACUUGUGACAGA